CCGUGUGGCCACGGCUAUUCAUGUGUAAAUUUACGCAUAAAUUUACGGUUCAUGUAGCACCACCUAUAUAAUAAAAAGUCGUGAAAAGUUUGAUUGAAUUUUUAGUGCGUGUUCCGGGUUUAUUUUCGUGCCUUCAAUUGAGCUCGUGUACUACAAGUGAUUUGUUUCAAAAGGAGUCCAUACGAAACCUUCAACAUGCCAUCAAUGAAGCAAAUCCCCCUAACCUGCUCCGGUCAUACAAGGCCUGUUGUGCACUUGGAUUUUAGUGGCCUCACCGACUGUGGUUACUUUUUGAUAUCAGCAUGUAAAGAUGGUAAACCGAUGCUACGAAUGGGUGACACGGGAGAUUGGGUCGGUACGUUCGAGGGACACAAAGGUGCCGUAUGGGGCGUAGCCCUGAAUGAUCAGGCUACAUUAGCCGCCUCCGGAGCGGCAGACUUUACCGGGAAAAUAUGGAAUGCGGUCACUGGCGAGGAAGUCCACAGUUUGCAACACAAUCACAUCGUAAAAACGGUUGCUUUCAGUCGUGACAGUCAGUACUUGGUUACGGGUAGUAACGAAAAAUUAGUGCGAGUAUUUGAUCUCAAUACAGAGGGAAUUGCGUUGGAAUCGUUCACCGGGCAUGCGGGAAGCGUAAAACGUGCGCUUUUCUGUCGCAAUGAAAAAUGUGUAAUCAGCUGUGCCGAUGACAAAUCCUUGCGACUUUGGGAUCGCAGCUCGGGGCAGGAAGCUACUCGCGUCGAAUUCACAACGAAUCCGAACGGGCUCGAGUUGUCCAAAGAUGGUACAAUUCUCACCGUAACCUACGGAACAUGUAUCGCGUUUUAUGAAGCGGAUACACUCCAGAAACUGAAAGAGAUUUCCAUUCCGACGCGCGUGGCUUCUGCGAGUUUGCAUCCGGACAAGCAAAUAUUCGUUUGCGGUGGCGAGGAUUUCAAAAUGUACAAGUAUGAUUACAUAACGGGCAAUGAGAUUGAAUCUUUUAAAGGUCAUUUUGGACCAGUUCAUUCGGUAAGUUUCAGUCCAGACGGAGAGCUGUAUGCUAGUGGUUCCGAAGAUGGUACAUUGCGUUUGUGGCAAACGACGGUAGGCAAAACCUAUGGAUUAUGGAAGUGUUCGGAACCAACCGAUUUAAAUAACUCUGCAACAGCGACCUGCCCAACACCUACUUCACCAGCAUCUGCUACACCUGUUACUGCCAACUGAAGAAAACGGGGAAAUAUAUCGACGGCAUGCGGGCAGCAGCUCUGGAACAGGUCCAUAUUUCGUGGGGUCACUAACUGCAAUUAAAACAUUUUCUGGGCUAUAACAACCGGGAAACGGGUGAACUACUGAAUAUGGCCUGUGACUUCUAUUUUAAUCUCUCCUCAACAUUCUUCUAACUUGACAUCGUAACUUCAUAAAUGGGAAAUUGGUCAUUCCACAAGACUGGAAUCGUUGGAUAUCGGUUGAUUUAAGUAGCCAUUCUUUGUCAAAAACAGUGCCUGGAGGACAGGUCCCAUGACCCUCGAAAAAAAAUCUUACAUCGCUCAGAACGAUAAUGCGACGAGGUGUAAGCCGUUACCGAUGCUAUUAUUUAUUUUUCGAAAGAAUGUUUGGAACCAAUGUUUUUUUAUUGUAACAAAAUAAACAAAAUGUAAAAAAUUAUCAUAUACUGUA